CACGCAACAGCUGAAACCGACAGAGAAUUAAGUAGUUGGAAAAGAAUGGCAGGUGAAGAGCAAUUAGACUACGGCUACUACAACACCCACAAGAUACCAAAGCGGUUAAACAUGAAGAGUCUUUGCUGUUCCAUUGAAGUGUGAUCAUUUUGUAUGAACCUUUCUAUAUUCUGCAGAGUCCAGUAUAUAUGCUUCUUUGCAAGAGAGAAGAGGAUGAACAGGCAAACACGUACAUGAAAAGUUCCUGCAAGCCCCAUAUGCAGAAACUCUGAGCAAAGUGGAGAGUGAGACAGAAACUUAUCUCAAAUCCAACUGGGUAUUGUUGUCUGAAUGAAAUAGUGGAAUCUGAGCAUGCAUCCUAUGUCUUCCUUGAGAUUUGCAUUUCCUUACAAGAGCAAUGAGCAAGAUCCUUCUAAAAAACUUUGUCUGUUUACUUUACGGUGUCUUUAAUUAAACUUUGUCUGUUAUCAGAUUUUGAGUCUUCCCUACUAUUCUAUGUCUUAUAAGCAAUCAAAUGUGACAUGAUAGAUGGUGGAGUUAGUCUUCUUAGCAAAUGAAGAGUUCAAUGAUGAAGAAAACAUGUCACUAUGUUGAGCAAGUAUUUCUGCAUAUAUGCUUAAUUAUGCGAUCAAAUUUGCAUGAGAAUCACUAGUGAAGUACCCAAAUUUUGAACCGCAUAAUAGUCAAUUUGGUAGCAAUUCUAACUUGUAUUUAAUUUUAACAUAAAUUGGAAUAUCCUUUUCACUAUACUUUUUUAUCUUUAAUUUUGGGGUUUCCUGAGGAAAAUUUGUUUUUCCUGGAUUUGUUUCUUUUAAUGACUCUCAUAUCAGAUAUAGAUCUUUCCUAUUUCCUUUCUAACCAUCUUUCUUAUUUGCUUGUUUGUUCGGCAUAAGUACAAUUAUUGCAUUUUUCUUGUUUUUUUCGCAUUAGUACUUGUAGUUGUGAUGUUUCAUCUGCAAGCAUUCCAAUUUAAGUUACUUGCAUAAAACUUGUACCUUUUUUUUUAUAUAUAUACUGUAUCUGGAAGCACUUAUUUGACAUGUUUUUGGCUAGGAGUAUUAGAAAAGUUCAUUUUGAGUUCAGUGAAGAAGCUUGCAAUGGGAUUCCUGGAUCUAUUCGUUGUGGCAUUGAUGCCAGUGCUGAAAAUACUCUUAAUUACUGCUGUUGGGUUAUUGCUUGGAACAGAGCGUAUAGAUCUCUUGGGGGCAAAUGCAAGGCAAAUUUUGAAUAGAAUUGUCUUUUUUGUGUUCACUCCUUCACUUAUUUUCAGCAACCUGGCUGAUACAAUUACAUUAGACAGUUUAGCAACCUUGUGGUUCAUGCUACUGAACAUCCUUCUCACAUUCCUUAUUGGCACUGCCCUUGCAUGGAUACUCAUAAAAAUCACAAGAACUCCUCAACAUCUGCGAGGCCUUGUCAUUGGUUGUUGUUCCACAGGAAAUUUAGGAAACUUGCCUCUAAUUAUAAUCCCAGCAGUAUGUGAGGAGGCAAAUAGUCCAUUUGGAGAUUCUUCUGUUUGCUCGACAGAUGGAGAGACUUAUGCUGCACUUUCUAUGGCGGUAGGAGCAGUAUAUAUAUGGACUUAUACAUAUCCUAUCAUGCGGAUAUAUGCAAACAAAAAAACUGAAGAAAUUGUUAUGGAUGGCUCUUCAAAUGGGGAUGACAAUUCUAGAGAAAGCUCACAUUUAUAUUCAGAGAUUGACACAGAAGCACUUCUUCCUUCAACGGGUUGCCCAAGCUCAGAGGAAUAUAUGGAUCUGGCAGAAGUCCUGUCUACCGGAUCCGAAGGAAAAGCAAAGGUUACAUUGCUGGAGAAGACUAGGCUGCAACUUAAGAUGAUUAUUGGGCACAUUGACUUUCAAAAAUUGUUUGCACCAUCUACAAUUGCAGCGAUUUUCGGGUUUAUCAUCGGACUAGUCUCUCCAAUUCGAAAGAUACUGAUUGGUGAUGAUGCUCCUCUUCGUGCCGUCUACAGUUCUGUGAGUUUGAUAGGGGAUGCAGCAAUACCAUGUAUGACACUAAUAAUUGGAGCAAACCUUCUUAGAGGUCUCAGAGGCUCUGGAGUAGGUCCAUUAAUUAUCUUAGGGGUUAUUGCAAUUCGGUUCAUUAUCAUGCCUUCACUGGGUAUUGUAAUUGUUAAGGCUGCAAACCAUUUUGGCAUGGUGGACUCAGAUUCAUUAUUUCAGUUUACACUUAUGCUUCAAUAUGCACUUCCACCCGCAAUGAAUGUAGGUACAAUUUCUCAAUUGCUUGAAGCUGGACAGAGCGAAACCUCUGUCAUUUUGCUAUGGACUUAUGCUACGGCAGCAUUCGCUCUAACACUCUGGUCAACCAUCUUCAUGUUGAUUGUUGCUUAAUCAGAUUAUUUGCAUAAAUUGAUCAAAUUACAAUGAGAAGCUUAAUUAGCUUCUUUUGUUACUAUUUAUUCUGUACAAUUUUGAGAGGAAUUUUGUAAAACAUCAAGAGUGAAAUAUAAUACUGAGCUUACUCUUUGUUAGAUCUA